AGCAACCUCCAGUCAGAAAAAUAAAAAAGUGCCUCCCACAGGCGGGGAUGAUUCUGUUGUCGUUUUCAAUUAUUAAUCUGUUGGUUUUAAAAGAAAGAAAAUUGGCAAAGCAAAGAAUUGAAGCUUAGUUGAGCGUUAAGAAAGAGAGCGCCAAAAGCAGUUGGUAGCUGAGAGAGCGGGAGAGAGAAGACUGUUUGGUAGAGAGAUUGCAUCAUCAUUAAUUCAUUAUUCAUCAAACCGUAAUCCCUCCUUUUCCCUUUCCAAUUAAGCUGCCAUGGACACUGCAUCCUUUUUGUAUUUGCGGUGGCGCCAGUGGCAAUGGCACCAUCACCAUGCUAACAACAGCAACUCAACUCUCUGGCAGGACGCAGUUUUCUACAUACUCUGCGCUGCUUAUGCUCUCGUCUCCUCCCUCGCCCUCUCUGCAGAUUCAAUUGGUAAGAAUUGAACUCAGAGUUCCUCAAUAUGGCUGGACUACCCAAAAGAUUUUCCAUCUUAUGAACUUCAUUGUCAACGGAGUUCGCGCACUCGUCUUUGGAUUACACAAGCUGGUUUUUCUUUUGCGUCCCAAGGUAUUGGUUUUGGUGCUGUUAGAUCUGCCGGGCCUACUGUUCUUCUCUACCUAUACACUUCUUGUUCUUUUCUGGGCAGAAAUUUAUCACCAGGCAAGGAGCUUACCUACCGAUAAGCUCAAGAUAGUUUAUAUUUCAAUAAAUGGUGCCUUGUAUUUUAUUCAGGUUUGUAUUUGGAUAUACCUUUGGAUAGAUGAUAACACUGUUGUGAUAUUCAUCGGAAAGAUAUUUAUUGCAGUUGUGUCAUUUAUGGCUGCAUUAGGCUUCUUGCUAUAUGGAGGAAGAUUAUUUAUCAUGCUGAAGCAUUUCCCUAUCGAAUCUAGAGGGAGAAGGAAGAAACUUCAUGAGGUUGGAUCUGUCACAGCUAUUUGUUUCACCUGUUUUCUGAUAAGAUGUGUUAUGGGUUUUCUAUCUGCAUUCGAUUCAGAUGCAUCUCUUGAUGUUUUCUAUCAUCCUCUUUUGGACUUGAUCUACUACUUGGUGGUUGAGGUGCUACCUUCAGCUUUAGUCCUCUACAUACUGCGCAAAUUGCCACCAAGGAGGAUAUCAGCUCAAUAUCAUCCUAUUCAGUAAUGGUAUAAGAGUUAAGACACUUGUGAGAUUCAGCUUCAUCAGGAGAAGGAUAAGUCUCAUUGUUGUGGUUCAGGCCAAUCACAAAUUUUUAAUGUAGAGAGUAGAGUGGAAGUUUUAUAGUAUAUGCUGCAAAAUAUUGGAGGGGAAUUGGAUAGUAAAGUUCCAAUUGUAGUAUCUUUAUUUGAACGAGAAUAUAUAGCAAUCGCUAGUCCAAUUUAUAGUAGAAAUCCAUUUUUAAAUGGCAAUUUUCUUGUAAGAAUGCUGCAAUAUCAUUGUCAAAAAGAACGAUUUUCAGUCAAGAUAACAUAAUAAUACUU